UUUUGAGAAAUAAUGGAGUAAAUAUGGCGUCUUUUUUAAAUCACGAUGUUAAAUUUUGAAGUCUAAAAUUGGAGGUGUGUGAUGUUUUUUUUUUCUAACUAAAAAUGUUCGGGAUAAGUUUGGACGUCAAAUGUUUUAAAAAAUGCCGGGCGAAGUUUUUGAGGCACUGAUUGAAAUACUCAUUGAGCUCUCCGAAGUGAUGACUAGCUUCCUAUAUUCCAGGUUAUUUUCUUCUGAGUGAAGCAGUUGACUAGUGCGUCUAGCCGUAAAGGGGUCGUGGAUCCAGUGGAAUGGAAAAGACUGGUGCUCUGAUGUUCAUUCGAAGAGUUCCAGUUUUCAAGAGGAGAAUAAUAUGAUUCAAAAUUAUUGUUGUUAAAAUUCCCGCGACAUUGACAGUGAAUAAAAUCGAAGUUCCCAUUCCGUGCUAUUAAGAUCUCGUUUUGGACCAUUGGCGUGCACCUGUUCCAUGCAACGGUACAUCGAUUUUCACUUAAGGAAGCAAGAUUAUGUCUUCGCCCCAGACGAUCAGAGCUUUAUGUUUGCAAAUCACGUUCGCAAAGUAGAUUUCAGCAAAGUGUCUCGAAAACAGUCACAGUAACGAAGCACAUAGGUUUUAAUUCCUCCUAUCGGGAUACGAAUCAAGAUAUUUGUCACAAAAACGUGACGAUUCUGUUAGCCACGGGAAGGAUGAUGCUCGCAGGAGGGUGAGUUCGCCCCCACAUUGAGAAGGAAUUGUGAGGUCAUGGCACCUAGCACGUCUGGACCGGGUAACGACCCGGGGAUCUCGGCGACCUGCCCGGCGGCCGCACCGCAACCGACUUCGUGUCCCCAGAGAUGUCCAUCCACACGGAGCUGCCCGACGCCGCAGCCGCAGCAGCAGCCCUGCCAGCCCUGCGGCUCGGCCGCGCCCGGGCCCUCCGACUGCGCCAUCCCGAUCAUCGAGCAGGCCACCGCCACCGUUCUCACCAAUAUACGUGUCCAACGUAAACUUCGGUUCGACUGGUGCUAUCUCACAUCCAAAUCAGGGAUCCUGAAAAUUCUAGAAAUCCUGGUUCUAAUCCUGGGACUGGUGGCGGCCCAUUUCUACAAAGAGCUCAUGAAACCGUUCGGGUACACGGCCAUAGUGGCCCUGGUCCUGACGCUGCUCCUGCUCAUCCUGUAUCUGAUCCACUUCAUCGAGAAGUUCUACACGGUGCCGUGGCUCCAGAUCGAGCUCCUCAUCAACGCGGUCCUGGCCGUCGGCUUCGGGGGCCUCGGGAUCUGGCUCAUCACCCGCGGGGUUUAUUGGGUCGCCGUCGCCAGCAUGGUCGCCUUCCUCCUCUACGGCUACGACGCCGUCCUCAAGUGCAUCGGCGUCCAGAACUACGCCAUCGCCCAGGGCGAGCGAACGGUCGUCACCAAAACCACCCACUUCACCGGCCCCGCGACCAACGUGCCCCCACUGACCUCCUCCAUGAUCAACAUCCCCCCUAUCCAGAUAUGCACCUCCAACGCCAAGGCCAAACCCUGCAAGGCCGCUUGUAGCCCUUGCAAUAAGGAUCCGUGUAAUAAGGAUCAGUGCAAUAAGGAUCCGUGUAAUAAGGAUACGUGUAAUAGGGAUCCAUGCAACAAGGACCAAUGUAGCAAGGACCAAUGUACCAAGGAUAGCCGCCAAUGCGGAGUUUAAAUAUAUUUUCCUAUUUUCAGGCAAUGAAUAUUCGGUUUACCACCGUGCAAAAAAGAACCAAUAUCAAUGGCAAAAUGAGUUUUUAACAGCUUACAUAUAUAAUAUCUUCUUAUUAAUCUCGAUUGCGAUCAAAUAUAAAAAAUUAUUAAGAAAAAAUGUAAUUUUGACAUGAUUCAAAAGGUUUUCUUUUCAGUAACAAUGUGGAAUUCAGUCAUACACCAAAUACGCCAUCAUCGCAGACAAUCAAAAAGUAUCCAAGACUCUCAAUUUUCCUAUUCUUCUUUUUUACUUUUUUCCCCAACAGGUACCUUCUUAGUUUCUCAGUAAUGUAGUUGAGACUGAUAAUAUGGAGCGGAACAAAGCUGUUCAAAGUUGCUUGUGCCAUUGAUGUUAGUUUUAACUCGAAGUUAGACCAUUAUAAUGACGCCUUGAAGAUUAUUUACUUGAAAUGUGGAAAAUUAUUCAAACUUACCAUACACUUACAUUUUAUUUUUACUGUCACAAUGUGUUUAGGUUCUCAAUGUUCCUGUUAAAUAUUAAUUUACCAAUCAGUCGCCGACAAGAAAAAUUUAUUGUGUACGUUUCCAUGUAUUGUCGAGUAUUUUAUGAGUCCAAUUUUGUACAUGUUAAUAAAAAGAAAAGUAUAUUAGA